CAUGUAGCUGCACAAAGAGGAGGUGUAAGACAAGUGACAAGGCUGAGUCAGUCUAAUAUUUAGUGAUGUAUUGUAUCUCUUUUAAUGCGAAAGUAAUACAUGUCGAUAUAUAUAUACAACUGUACACAGUAAAGUUACAGGGUGUUACACAAAGCAAUACAUAGAGAUUUAUAUGUGUUCUCAAUGGAAUAAAAUAUAAAGUGGUUUACUUAUCAUUUACUAAUGCUUUAUCAGUUAUAAUCCAUUAAUAAAAACAACUUACGGGGUUGUCAGGUUGUGGACAAACUUCCAAGGGGCCACAGUCAUUCACAACCAGCAAUUAUUAAUAGUUGAUUGAUUGGUCAGUGUGUAAAAUGUCAGGAAAUAGUGAAAAAUACCAAUUAUUAUACUCUGAAGCCCAAGUGAACAUAUCCACAUUGCUUUUUUUCUGACCAACACUCAAAAACAUGAAAAUGUUAAGUUAGCAAACAUUCAUGUUUAAAAAGCUGGUACCAAUGAAUAUUUGGAAUUUUUGUUUGUCUUAAACAAUAAAUGUCUUAAACAAUAAAUCACAAAGAUAGCAUAGAUAUAAUUUGCCCCAGAUCUUGCCUAGAGCCCCUUACCCUAACCCUAUCUACAUAAUAGACUUGGGCCGGUGUCCUUUGGCACAAUGGGCCAAAACCAGCCCAGAUAGUUUUUUUCUUUUUAUCUGGGCCAUUCUUUUAUGGUGAUCCGGCCUCAGGGUCUGGGUCAAGUCUGGGGCAGAUUCAGUAUGUAUCUCUAGAGUACUACUUAAUUUAAUAAGAAGUACAAGUACCAUGGAGGGGAGAGAUAGGUAGGUAGUUAGGUACGUAGAUAUACAGAUAUACAGAUAUAUAGAUGUACAGAACAGCAGAAUGUAUGUGUCCUAGAGAGGACUGGUGACUGAACAAAAUUUCAGUGAAAUUGAUAAGGUCACUAUUACCUCGAGUCAACAAAGUCCUCGUAAAAAAAAUGAAAUCCUACUAGUCAGCCCCAAAACAAAAAGAGAAAUGCUGUUCAAUAACCUGGGGAAACUGACUCCCUGGAUUAAAUCUGAGGUUACAAGUCUUGGCGUUAUCUUGGAUUCAGAUCUAAGCUCCAAGUCCCAUAUCAACAAGGUGACAAAAACAUAAUUUUUCCACCUUAGAAACAUAGCUAAAGUAUGGCCAUUUACAAAUCUAAAAGAUGCUGAAAGAUUGAUUCAUGCCUUCAUUUCAAGCCGACUUGAUUACUCCAACGCCCUUUUUACUGGGCUCUCGAAAAAAAAAACACUGAGAGACUUCAACUCAUUCAAAACUCUGCAGCUCGGCUGUGAACCGGAACCAAGGGGAGAGAGCACAUUAUUUCAGUUUUAGCUGCUCUGCACUGGCUUUGUUACAUUUAGAAUUGAUUUCAAGGUCCUCCUCCAUAUAUACAAAGGCCUUAAUGGGGCAAGGACCAAGCUACAUUUCUAACUCCCUGAUUAACGAUGUACCUCGGAGAACACUGGGGUCAUCUACUGACGUUUUAUUGAAGGUUCCCAACAACAGCCACAGAAAAAUUACAGUCCAAAGCUAUGGAACACACUACCUAUAGAUAUCAGGGAGGCCAGCUCACUAAGUAUUUCUAAAAGAAGACUCAAAACUUAUUUCUUCACUUUAGUCUUUAACUAGCUCUGACAUUUGCACUUUGCGCUACAUUUAUGCACUGCUCAGCACUUCUUUUAAAUGUCUGCCUAUUUAAUGAUUUAUAAUUUUUAUUCCUUAUUUUAUCUCAUUUUACAUUAAUGUUUUUAAUUUUUUUCAUUAUAGAUCAAUGCAUUUAACAAUGUUUUAUGUUCAUUUUAUGUAUUUUCUUUUCAUUUGAAGCACUUGGUGCAUGUCAUUUCUUUAUUGUAUUAUUAUUAUUAAUCCUAUAAAUUAUUUAUGUAUUUAUUUAAAUGCACCAAUGCUAGUCCAACUAAACUAGAUGGUUUCCCACUACAAUCUUGUAGGAAACCAAAGUUUGACUUAACUCCACUGCAGAUUUUACAUUCUUUUAGCCUUAGGAAUUGACAACAGUCUAUAACACAAACACUGGACUUUACUCUACUGUAAACCUACACUGCUUUUAAAUCACUUAUCAAUAGACACCUAUCCUCAGUGGUUUGUACCAUUGUUUACGAGCAGAAAAUAAAAGCCUUUGGGCUACUGUAUUGUGGAGGCGUUGUCACUAGGUGGAGACAAACAACAAGGCUAGGCUGCCGAUCAAUAAUUCUGUGUAGUUUACUGCAGAAUUGUUCCGUUGUACACAGGUUCUCUGAAGCUCAGCCAGCGUGACCAUCAGGUUCUUGGUCACCUCUCUUGCCAAGACCCUUCUCCCUGAUUACUCAGUUUUGCUGGGAAACCAGCUCUAGGAAGAGUCCUGGUUUCCAGUUCUUCCAUUUAAGAAUUACGGAAGCCACUGUGCUCUUGGGAACCUUCAAUGCAGCAGUAAUUGUUUGUAGCCUUCCCCAGACCUGUGCCUCAAUCCUGUCUCUGAGCUCUGCAGCCAGUUCCUUCCACCCCAUGGCUUGGCUUUUGCUCUGAUAUGCAUUUUCAGCUGCGAGACCUUAUAUUAACAGGUGUGUUCCUUUCCAAAUCAUGUCCAAUCCACUGAGUUGACCACAGGUGUGGUCCAAUCAAGUGUAGAAACAUCUCAAAGAUGAUCCAGAGAAAUGGGAGGCACCUGAGCUAAAUUCCAAGUGUCAUAGUGAAAGGUUUGAACACUUGUGACACUUCACUUUUUCCUUUUUAAUAAAUUUACAAAAAAACUUUUAAAUUCCAUUUUCACUUUGUCAUUAUGGGGUAUUGAGAGUAGAUUGAUGAUGAUUUUUUUUUAGCCUGAUAGACCAUCACUUAGAUAGUGGGUUAGGGUUGUAGGUUACAAUGGGAUUAUAAUUCUUUCUCGGACAAAGAGAUCAUUACCCAGCAUGAAUCUACUUCGUCCGAGUUAUUUGAUAGCAGCCAUUAAUACAUUCAAAAUGGAUGAUGGGUAAUGCUCCUAAGUCUGGGCUAUAAAAAGAUUUUAGAGACUAUUGUUUGGUUACUUGUGCAGUGCUGCCUGUUAAUCGAUUACCUUUAACCAAUUGUUGCUCUUGGAGCUGCCUCCAAACCCCUGCGGAGCGCGUGUCCCUGAUUUCCCCGUUUGCUACUUCACAAUUCAUUACAUACCGCUGAUAUUUCGGAUGUGCUGUGCCUGGCUGCACUGCGCUGCACCAAUUCAACUGCAGACACACACAGCACAACCGGAAGACACGGAGAUCGCCCUAAAAGUAAAAGCAUAGUCUGGAGGUUAUAUUGCCACUUGAGGUCAUUGUUUGAGAGACUAAAUAUUAAGUUAAUCAGUAGCAAUAGACUUAAUACAAUAAUUAUAAACCAUCCCAUCCCAUACCAUUAUCCACUUAGGAGUUCACCACAGGAGCUGACAAUGGCAAUAAAAGCCCCUUGAAAACAUUUUAACUCCAAUAACUCAAUGUAGUUAAGGCUCAAAUCAGCAGUGAGUUGCAUUUAGGGAGGGAUUUUCAUUUCUACAUCGCUGCCCAGCAGUGGUUUUGUUUUGAAAGUUAUCGCCGGAAGUCCCGCGGCUUUUUUGUGACUCGCUUGAUAUUGCGCGCACUUCAAUGCCAACUUUCUCCGAAGCGCACAGGCGCAUUGUUCACUGCCAAACACGGUUGUAGUGAACUGACGAGACUUCACGCUGCAGUCACCGCUGAGCAAACACAGUCAUUUUUUUCACCACCAAAACACAGAGAGAUCACAAGAUUGAUCAGGUUUUACGCACAGCGCCAGUGCGUCUGGUGACUUGUGUUGACUUUAUCAGCAAACAGUUGUGCGAAAAUCUCCAUCAGUUGGGCUUUUUAAUAGCGGACUUGUUGUCACCAUAAUGUGGGGGAUCCAGAGGACGCGGUAUGCGGACUGCAACGGCUCUGAAGCCAGUGAAGAGACGGAGAUUGUUGUUAACAUCGGCGGGGUGAAACAGGUACUGUAUGGGGACGUGUUGAAUCGCUUCCCGGACAGCCGGCUGGCAGAACUGGUGGACUGUUCACUUAAGUCUUCGGAAGAAAUAUCUUUACUAUGUGACGACUACGAGCCUGACAGUGGAGAAUUUUAUUUCGACAGAGACCCUGAAGCAUUUAAAUGCAUAAUUGAGCUGUAUUAUUAUGGGGAGAUUCACGUGAAAAGAGGCAUCUGUCCAAUUUGUUUUAUGAAGGAGAUGGAGUUCUGGAAAAUUGGCUCUGAUUUCCUGGAUGAAUGUUGUAAAAGCCACCUGAAGGAGGUGGAAGAUGAACUUGCAGAGAUUGCAGAGAAAGUGAGAACUAUCCUGGUGGACCGAGAGGGAGAUCCGUCUGCAGGGGGCUGGCAGCGCUUCCAGAUGUGCCUCUGGAGGCUGAUGGAGAAACCGGACUCCUCGCUUCCUGCGCACAUAAUCGCUAUAGUUUCUUUCAUCUUCAUCCUCAUCUCCUCCGUGGUCAUGUGCGUCGGGACCAUCCCCGACCUACAGGUGGAGGACUCGGAGGGUAACCUCGCGGAACACCCGACUCUGGAGGUCAUCGAGACGGUGUGCAUCGGCUGGUUCACCAUCGAAUACCUGCUACGUCUGAUCUCCUCGCCUAACAAGAUGAAAUUCGUCAUGGCUUUCAUGAACAUCAUCGACUUCAUGGCGAUCAUGCCUUUCUUCGUGGUGCUGAUUCUGACCUCCUUCGGUGCUGGAGUGUUGGAACUGGCUAAUGUGCAGCAGGCGGUGCAGGCUUUACGCAUAAUGCGCAUCGCGCGCAUUUUCAAGCUGGCACGCCAUUCCUCUGGACUCCAGACCCUCACAUCUGCCCUGAAGAGCAGCUUCAAAGAGCUCGGGCUGCUCCUCAUGUAUAUGGGCGUGGGAGUCUUCCUUUUCUCCGCACUGGGCUACACUAUGGAGCAGAACCACCCGGACACCUUGUUCACCAGCAUCCCACAGUCAUUCUGGUGGGCUGUGAUCACCAUGACCACUGUGGGGUAUGGAGACGUCUACCCCAAGACCACUUUAGGCCGGUGUAACGCGGCCAUUAGCUUCUUGUGCGGGGUGAUCGCCAUAGCGCUGCCCAUACACCCCAUCAUCAACAAUUUUGUCCUGUUCUACAACAAGCAACAGGUGCUAGAGACUGCGGCCAAGCACGAGAUUGAACUGAUGGCGCUGCGCUCCGGCGCCGACGAGCUGAAGGCUGCACCCGGCGCCCAUAAACAUGUUUGUGGUGCAGGGGUCUGGGAAAACGCCAUGCGCUCCUGUCACAGUGACACAUACAUCCCCUUACUGAAGGAUCCCAGGGGAGGGGCGGGCAUGCCGACCCCCAGCAAGGACACGAGCUUUGAAAGCACAGCCGAGGCCACCGAUUAUUUUGUCUCAUGAACACUAAUGACCCUGCAGAAUUUGAGAAGACUCUGCAACAGAUACACAACAACAAAACAUCAAAUUAAUUAUUCAUUUUUAACUUAUUUAAACUCAAUCCGCCAACUAUGGGUUAAUGAUACAUGAUGACUUGACACUGUAAAUAGCCUAUGGCCUCAAAGAAGAUAUUGUUCCUGUUAAAGCCACAUAUGUGUGAGAUAUUGACUUGAUGAGCUGUGCCUUGGCGCAGUGAGUCCCUGUAGGCUGAGGGGUACUGUUUGAACAGUCAGUACACCGAUUCCCCCAUGUAGACUUCUUAUAUAACAACCCCCAUCCCCAACCCUCACACUCAUACUGUAGACUGCAUUGUAGCUUAUUUCUGUGUACAGAUAUAUAUAUAUAUAUAUAUAUAUAUAUAUCACAAUGAAUAUAUCACAAUUUUUUUUAGAUGAUAAAGAUAUGCAGCAAAAAUGUAGAUAUCCCAUGAUAGGUUCAUGAGGGAUCACAACAAAACUGAAAGAAAAACUGAAGGUGUUUUAAAGUGAUAGAGAAUUAUAAUGCUAUAAAUUUCACCAAAGUCUCUAGUGAACACUACAAAUACUUUAAAGAUACACUAAGGUGGUGGAAAGGAAAUAUUAAGCAACAUAUCAUCAGGACUGUUUCUGUUUCUGCUUGUGAUCUUCUUGGUAUCAGUGUAUUUUUUGUAACUGACACAUUAUGAUUGUGAUGUAAUAUAUCAGAUAUGAAACCGCUCUGCGCAGGAUUGUUAUAAGCAGUGAUUGUGUCAGUGUCCUGCAAUUCUACUUAGGAUCAUAUUGCCAGCUCUGGGAGCUCAGAAGCUUCGUUGGCUGCAGGACAUGUUCCUAUAACAGUUUUAAAUUUUGCAGCAGCAACCGCUCUGCUCCUCCCCGGAGGUUCAGUGGAAUAAACUUGACCACCAACGGGUGAGGUGACUGAGCAACAGGCUGGAGAUUAAAGACAAAUAAUCCUAACAGUUGUGUUAUCAAACUUCAAAAUGAGGUUUUCAGAGGACAGGCUAGUUAACCUGACAAUCUGGAAAGUACCAGACAAGGAACCCUGAUGAAAAUAUAAAUAAAAAUAUUAAAGAAUAUAUCAUUGAGUCAUCAAAAGGGCAGCGUGUCAAGGCAGCAGGUUAUCAACAUAACACCGAAAAUGUAAGAAUAUUAAGAGGGCUGUAUCUGCCUGUCAAACAUUUGUCUUAAUGCAUUACUACUUUUAUUUUGAUGGAACUUAAAAGGAAGAUGUUUUUCACACUGUUUCACGCCCAUGAUUUAAAACUGAACUAAAUUGGCCUAAUGGGUGCUACAUUUAAAGGUUAAAUUUUCACAAUUUGAAAGCUCUCAACUCCAACACCAUCAGUCUGAGUGACACGAAAGUUGCUGCACACACUGAAAAAUCCUUAGAAACUACAUCAGUUGGCACACUACAGGAGCUAUAAUUAAUAUUUGACAUGUUUUAAUUCAAAUUUCCUGCCUAAGAUGUCAAUGGUUUGAUUUGACUGUAACCUGGAGGGACGAUCUAUGUCAAGACUGUGUUUCUGUGCCAAGUGUUAUUUUGUGAAAAGUUCUGAAAUGAGCGUAAUGUCUUGGAAGUAAAUACAUGCCUUGUGCACAAAAAAUGUGAUGUUUCCCUCUGUAAAUGAGGUAUACACGAAGAGGACGGGGUGGGCAUUCGUAGCGUCAGAGCCUUACAGUGAAAUGAAGCCAUGGAAGAGGGUUUCAGUGGCUGAUGGGUGGAUAUAUAUGCUCUCAACUCAUGGGUUAAAUUUCUCACUCAACUAUGUGUAACAUUUUCAUAUUUAAUCAAAAUCCUCCCAAAGAUUGAAUCCUUUCCCUCGCUUUAGCCAAACUGGACAGCAGUUUUCGACUCAUAUUCCUGCACAGCAAAAAUGAACUCAACUUGCCAUGUUCCAGAUUUGAACUGAUUUUAAACUAGUUUUUAUUUUACACUAUCAAUUAUAUAAAAGUGAAUAUUGUUACAGCGUUUUUUUUUUUUUUUUUUUUUAUCGAGCAGACAAUCAGUGUUGAAGUUGGUUUUUGUAGCCUAAUACCAGAAGCUGGACAUCUCAACCAGGGAAUUCAUUACUCAGCAAAUUUCCACUGCUAUCCAUUAGCAGCUGACCAUCUACAUUUAGCUAACUGUUUGUCAAUUACUUUUAGCAAACUAUUUUAUCUAUUUAUAUUAUUUUCAAACACUUUAAACAGUUUAUCUAUUAGCUUUAACCAACAAUGUAAUCUGUUUACAGAUUAAUAGUUGAAUAGUUAAUCUCUGAAGCAGUUGGCUAGACAUUUGCCAAAAGCAACAAUCAAUAAAUGACUGAAAUAGUAAAGUAACAUGUUAAGCUGUAUGAGUAUUAAUGGAUAAAUGGCUGGAAUAUUCAAAAGUAAUACUUUCAGCAAGAAAUCUUAGCCUUGUUUUCAUGCACUCUCACUUGCAACAGGUCUAAUCAGGUCUAAAUCAAAUUGUAAUUUUUACAUUUUUUUUUCAAAUUAGUUUAGCAACUCCACAAUCUUUUCAUACCCCCUAGCAAACUGCUACAUAGCCGCUGAGGUACAAGUUUGCCUAGUUGGGUAUGGUGUACAGUAAAAGCUGCCUAAACUUCACUGUUACCUUCACUUCAACCUAUGAAAAAUAAGUUUUCAGUUACUGAAGAGGUUGAAAUGGUAUGUUUUGUCAAAAUACAAUUACAACAAAGGAAUGUCAUCUUCACAUUUAAUUGUUUUAUACUGAAUUUGAAAACACAGAUGUUUUGUUGGUUAUGGGAUAGCAAAAAUGUGUUUGGCCUGAUGAGGGAGCUAAAAGUUAAAGUCAAAAAUGUAAAAUUUGAACUAUUGUAGUUACUACAUCAUCUGUCACCUUUAGAUGGAAUGAAGAGGGGUGAUACAUCUUACUGCCGAGUAUCUGCAUCAAUCACUGCGACAAGAUGUCAGUUUGUUUUGAGCAAGAGGGCACUGAAUCAGUAUUAGCUAUACCUCCUCAGAAAUGUUUUCCUCUGAGCUCCGGUGGAAGUUAUGCUGCCUGAAAGAAAGAUCAUGAAGGAGGUCAGGCAGGACUCUGCAGGCUGUCCACCCACACAUGUCCUAUACAGGACUCUGCUAUCUCUCCUGGCCAGCAGCAGAUUCAAACAUGUCAAAGCCUGGGAGAAAGGCCUUUGUACACACUGACAGGUGGAGCUGGAAUGUCAAAGGCAUGCAUUGUGUAACAGAACAAUGUUCCUCCAGCAGACGCACAUGCAAAUACACAUUCAUGUUCAAAUUUAGAUUUACAAGCAUACACACACAUUGGCAUAUACAAACACCCCCCCCCCUACGCCAACGCCUACCUAGAAGUGCACACAAAUAAUUGCACGCACGCACGCACACACACACGCAUGCAGUGACCCGCUGUGAUCUGCUGGCUAAUCACCAAUUUUUUCACCCACAUGUUGGUCAUCUGUGGCAUUCAGUGGGUGUUCAAGAUAAGAGGUAUUCCUGAGCAUUUACACAAUAUUGUGCUCGUCAUUAUCCCUCCACCAAAACGGUCACAAUUAUUGUGAGAAUUUCCAACUAGCUAAUGGUUGUUGCUACUCACUCAAUACAUUUUUCUAGAUGGUCACAGUUGUUAUGUCCUGAGACAGUGUUUUGACUGACAAAGGGUCUAUUUUUUGACCCCUCUGAAGAUAAGGUGGGCAAGCCUGCUUUACUUGACUCACACAGUAACGACUUUGGAUAAAAAGUCGUCUGAUGCUCGUGCAUGUGGCAAAUUGAUUCUUUUGUUCCUCUAAAUCCUCUAAACAGACUAUAAGGAUUACAAAUGUUGUAGCUGUAUGCUCAUGGGAAGUUCUUUAAAACGCACAGCUGACCAUUAAAUUACUUUUAUGUUUUA